GCAAAAGGCAAGGGAGUCCCGUUGAAGCCGUUGCCGACCUCGAAUCAAAACAAAUCCAACUGUCAACCAGACGAGAUUCUAGAACGUGAGAGGCCCGAGUCAGAGCUGAAACUUGUUGAAAUACCAGGCAUAUUUGCAGAUGAAACCUCUCUGUCAGUGGUAGGCCUUGUGACACAAUUUUUGUAGUAGUAACGUUUUCUGAUACGCCGAGAGAAAAUCAUAUGUAUGAGUGCUAAUGGGGGCGAAGGGGUGACCCUUGGUAAAGAUUGCAAAAGCGUUUCAACCGCAUAUCAGCACUUCUGAACCAGAUAUUGAUAUUUUUCAGUAGUUUGAUAGGGAUAUUUAAUUCCCCUUUCUUGCGCAGAAAUCUUGUGCAUUUGUGAAGAAAUUCGUAAAUGUCGAUGACAUCAACUUCUGUAGUUUGGCAUGAAUCGUUUUUCUUGAAAAGGUCACGACGUCACGGAUUUUGCCGAUUGGUUGAGAGAAAGUAGAAUAUGCUUUUUUGUUGAUAUUUUUUGCAAAUCAACUUUGUUGGCUACCUAAAAUUGAACAAUAAUUUGUAUCCUUUUCUGGUUUUUUGACUUUUGGCAGGCAUCUAGCGCACAUCUGUCAGUGCGAUAAAGGCGAAUCGGUUUUGGUAACACUACAAUUUUAUGUUUCCUCCAACACUAUCACCAUCAUCAUAGCAAAAACUGAACAUGACAUCAUCCGAUUUAAGAAGUUCCUUGGCAUUUUCAUAACGUCUUCAAUGUUAAUGUGGUACUGCACAAAAAGGGGGCUAAACAUUCCUACUACAUUUCUAUUGCCUGUCUAUAAGUGCUUUCCAACUUAAUGACAUUAUUGACUCUUAUUAAGACGCCCUUAAAAGCCUUUAAUCGAGUUUGCUUGGAGAUUAGAUAAGAAAUAAAGAGGCGAUGAAUUCUACACGAAGCGUAAUUUCUUCGCUACUUUAUCAACCGUCGAGUAUUCUUCAGGAUAUUUACUUUUUAUACCGUAUUCGACGAUUUGUUUCUGGAUUGAUUGAGUACGCGUGUAUAAUUAAUAAUUAUGUUUUUCGUUCGUGUUUCGUAAACUAAGAGGUCAAACGAGCCGCACGAAAGCCGAACCGAGGUCAUACGAAAAUACGAUGGAGGAAGGUGCGAGAGAAAGACUGAAGAGAGUGUCUGUUUUCUUUCCCUCGCCCCCUCCCCCAUAUUUUUCUAGUUUGACCUCGGUUCAGCUUUCGCGCAGCUGUAUCCCUUACUUUACGAAACACAAACGAACACAACAAAAACAAAAAACAAAACAAAACAAAACAGCCGCCCCCUUGGCAGGCUAGUUUUAUUGAAGUCCUUAUCUUGGGUCAAAACUAGUAGAGUCUGAAACAGGUUAAUUUUUGGAAAUUAUGACACUGUUUAUAAAAGAUUAUUGUUAUCUGUGGCAACGGUAAAUGCCUCACCGUUGGCAUUUAUAUUUAUAAGGUCCUUUACAGUAGGAACGAGAAGCGACGUUGUCCUACACAAUUCAUGAAAAUCUAAUCUUGGUUUUUUCAUUUGGUUUUUAAGGGAUUUGUUGUGGCGUGUUCCGGAAGUGAAGAGAACUCAUAUGUUCGACUGAUAAAGCACUUCUCAAAGAUAAAAGAAGAGAACUGGAAAAAGGAAGUGGAAUUGGCAAAGGAGCUUAGACAG